GCGGGAUUGCUAAGGAUCCCGGGGAGGCACUGGGUGGGGACACCAUGGAGGUUGACAUCGGCGAGGAUGAGGGGACGAGGGGUGUUGUGACAGGCGGCCUUGCUACUCCAGGGAGGGCCGGUUCCUCGCCGCUUGUGGUGCAAGGGGCACGCAUACGUGGCCCGACGAGGCAGAUGAGCAUCAGGGGGGUUGCAAAGAACUCAAGGCAGGAGGACAUAGAUGACUCAUGCUGCGAGUUCUUCGUGGAGAACAUCAUACCGUUCAACGCUGCCAGAAGCAAGAGCUUCAGGAAGUUCAUGCUGACGUGUAUCGGACCACAGCCUGUGGGGAGUCAUCGACUCGUGCCUACUGGGUACAACCCCCUCAGGUGUCGCUUGCCCGAUCGUUUGAACAAGAGGUUGGUGAAUGAGGAGCAGGCGAUCCGUGACGACUGGCAGGUGACUGGCUGUACGUUCAUAACUGAUGGCACCACAAACAUCUGUGGGCGAUCACUUAUGAACUACAUCCUUGCAGGCCGAUCGAAGCCUGUUUUCGUGAAGUGCGAGGAUGUGAGCGAGGGAGACAAGGACUCUGCAGCUGUCGUUGUCGGGUGGAAGCGGUUCCUCAGAGAGUGGGGGGUGGAAAAGAUCACAGCGAUAUGCGCUGACUCUUUCGCCGGGAACACGAGUGCUGCGAGGAUGUUGAGGGAAGACCCCGAGUUCGCGCAGAUCUAUUGGAUUCCUUGCACGGCGCAUUGCAUGGACCUCCUGAUGCACGAUAUAAGUAAGAAGGAGUGGGCGGAUGACAUCAUCACUAAGGCCAACAAAAUAACGAAGUCGAGGAACAAGUUGCACCACCAGCGCACCGAGAAAUUGCUGGCCUCGCACUGGAGUUUGAGGCUCAAGAGUAGGGGGCAGGAUGGGGCCACUGUUGCAGGAGGAUGGUUGGGGCUCGCAGCCGACUGGGAGCACGAGGACUUGGAGGGUGACAUGGCAAAUGUCACAGAGGCAGUUGAUGACAUUGAGGCAGCUGGUGAGGGCACUGCUUCUGCGGUUGGCAGCACAAACAUUCGCCCCGAUCCCACAGCGCCGUCCACUUCGAGAUCGGUGCAGAGGUUGGUGGAGGUGGAGGUGGAGGAGGAGGAGGAGGAGGAGGAGGAGGAGGAGGAGGCCGAUGAGGACAAUGACGAUGAUGUCCCCGACGAGGAGUGGGUGGACGAGAGAUCAGACUCGGACAGAUCGUGGACGCGGAGAGAGGGCAUGGUCCCCUAUGUUCAAGGCACACGAUCUGGAUUGAGGUCCCAGACGCGGGCGCGGCCAGAGGCGCAGCAAGGGGAGCAGCAGAAGCAGGACCAGGUUGAGCAGCAGCAGAAGCAGGUUGAGCAGCAGCAGGAGCGGGUUGUGCAGCAGCACGAGCGGGUUGUGCAGCAGGAGCAGCAAUAGGAGCAGCAGCAGGAGAAGCAGCAGGAGAAGCAGCAGGAGCAGCAAUAGGAGCAGCAACAGGAGCAGCAACGUGGGCAAGGGGAUGAGGACCAUCAGCAUCAGCGAGGGGAUGAGGAGAAGCAGCAGCAUGAGACGGAUGAGGAGCAACCGCAGCAGAGGGAGAAGGAGCAGCAGCACCAGAGGGUGAAUCCCGCAGUCCAGCAGGAGACCGCAAUGCAGUCAUCCAGAGAUGUGCACGAGGAGGGUGAGGCAGAGGGCGAGCAGGGUCGCAGCGCGGUGCGAUGAUUU